UCUCACACACAGUUUGGGUCCGAUAAGAGAACGAGAGAAAUGGGUAACAUUAAGAACGAAAAUUCAUUGCUUGAAGAUCUCAUUGAGAAGGCGGGUGGGUGUGCUGUCACUGAUGGAGGCUUCGCCACCCAGCUCGAACGACAUGGGGCUGCCAUUAACGAUCCUCUCUGGAGCGCUCUCUGUUUGAUCAAAAAUCCUCAUCUAAUCAAGAAGGUUCAUUUGGAAUACUUGGAGGCGGGUGCGGAUAUAUUGGUGACUUCUUCUUACCAGGCCACCCUUCCCGGGUUUGUGUCCAAGGGACUGUCCAUCCAAGAAGGGGAACUACUGCUGGAGAGAAGUGUCAAAUUGGCCAUUGAGGCUCGUGACAGUUUCUGGAAUUCCAUUAAGAAAAGUUCUGGACAUAACUAUAGAAGGGCUUUGGUUGCAGCCUCCAUUGGAAGCUAUGGAGCUUAUCUUGCUGAUGGCUCUGAAUACAGCGGUUGCUAUGGACCACAUGUUACGUUGGAGAAGUUAAAGGAGUUUCACCGCCGCAGAUUGCAAGUUCUUGUCGAGGCUGGUCCAGAUUUACUUGCCUUUGAAACUAUUCCAAACAAACUUGAAGCUAACGCUUGUGUUGAACUGCUUGAUGAAGAAAACGUCCAAAUUCCAUCUUGGAUCUGUUUCACCUCUGUUGAUGGUGAGAAUGCCCCCUCAGGAGAGAGCUUCAAGGAGUGCCUUGAUGCAAUAAAUAAAAGUGACAAAGUAAAUGCGGUUGGUAUAAAUUGUGCACCUCCCCAUUUUAUGGAAAACAUCAUCAGCAAAUUUAAGCAGUUGACAAAGAAGGCGAUCAUUGUGUAUCCUAACAGUGGGGAAGUAUGGGAUGGUAGAGCCAAGAAAUGGCUGCCAUCAAAGUGCUUUAAUGAUGAUAAUUUCGAAUUGCAUGCAAGAAGGUGGAGAGAUUUGGGAGCCAAAAUCGUAGGAGGCUGUUGCCGGACAACACCUUCCACCAUAGAAGUCAUCUCAAAAGCUUUGAGAAAAAAGUAGAGCAUACUGGUUUAUUUAUUUGUCUCUAUGAACAGCGAGAUGUUUUAUAAGGCUUUCUAUAUUGUUCAUCAAAGCAAUUUUCAUCCAAUGAAAGGAAUUUUGUUUCCUUUUUCCUUAACACUUGCAUAAAUUUCUUGAAGAAAGGAAGCUGGACAAUUCAGAAUCAGGAAUACAUGAAUGAGAUUAAUCCAAGUGUA